AUGAAAAUUCAUGAAGAAGAGUCAAAUUCCGUUUCAGAAAUUUCCAACAACCCCUGGUUUGAACUAAAAAAUAAAGCCUGGAGUUGGGUCACCGAUCAAUGUAUAUUCAAUCCAUUAAUUCUCAAAUCAGAGUAUUUCCAUGCACAAUCGCGAUAUGAAAAAAAGAACAAGUGGUUUGAUAUGGAAAAAACAGACAAUGUUUUUGCAGAUUUCUUCUGGUAUUUUAGUUGA